UCCCAGUAAACACCCCCCCCCCUGCACGCGCUCCCCAGCGGUGCACACCCAGCACUGUUUGUGAUCGCUGAUCACACCGCUGAUCACACCGCUGAUCACUGAUAAUCAGGGCACUGAUUUUCAGUGCAGCCCCAAAAGUUCCCAUCAGUGCCCAACAGUGCUGCCCAUCAGUGCCCAAUAGUGCUGCCCAUCAGUGUCAAUCAGUGCUGCCAAUCUGUACCCAUCAGUGCUGCCAAUCUGCGCUCGCCAGUGCUGCCAGUCAAUGCCGCCUAUCAGUACCAUCAUCAGUGCCCAUCAGUGCUGCCUAUCAGUGCCCAUCAGUUCCACAUAUCAGUGCAGCCAGAUCAGUGCCUCUUCAUCAAUGCCCACCAGUGCUGCCUCAUCAGUGCAGCCUAUCAGUGCCCAUCAGUUCUGCCUAUCAGUGCAGCUUCAUCAGUGUUCAUCAGUG